CGCAACUUUUCACCGCGCACGAGCGCAUCGAGUUUCGAAUCUGUCACGAGCGCAGCGCUACGCAGUCGGUCACUUAAUGAGCGUCAAGGGAAACCCUGAAACCGCGCCCGACUCGACGAACCACGCGUAAAAUGAUACAACAGAGCUGAAACUACUGCCUAUAUGUUUUUAAAAGCGUUUCGCCUAUGGCAAAUAGGGAAAAGAACAAAAAGAUUCUUCUAGAAUUGGCGAAGCUGUCACAAAAUUGCUGCUGUGCUGACUGUGGAGCUGCAGAUCCAGACUGGGCUUCAUACACACUGGGAAUAUUUGUGUGUCUAAACUGUUCUGGAACUCAUCGCAAUCUUCCUUCAGUAAGUCGUAUCAAGUCUAUACGCUUAGACUUCUGGGAUGAUGAGCUUGUGCAGUUCAUGAAGUCCAAUGGAAACCAUGCUGCCAAAAACUUCUAUGAGAAAUUUGUCCCAGUCUUUUAUUAUCAGCCCCAACCAGACGAUUGCGAGGUCCUCAGAGAACAAUGGAUUCGAGCCAAAUACGAAAGAACGGAGUUUACAGAGAAAACUUCAGAAAGACCUUACACAGCAGGUGUCUAUGAGGGCAUGCUGUGGAAGAAAGGAAAGGAUAACGGACAGUUUCUCGAGAGGAAGUUUGUUCUUUCAGUGCAUGAUUUUACCCUCAAAUACUACAAGGAGGAUGAAUCUAAGGGACCGAAGGCUACUAUUUCUGUGAGGGACCUGAAUGCAACCUUCCAGCCUGAGAAGAUCGGACACGCUCAUGGCCUCCAGAUCACCUACUGUGUGGAUAAUCACACCAGAAACCUUUUUGUUUACCACAAAAAUGGACAGGAGAUUGUCAAUUGGUUUAAUGCCAUUAGAGCUAUUCGCCAUGCCUACCUGAAAACAGCCUUUCCUACAGCUAGCGAUGAAGAUCUGAUACCGUGGAUAACCAGAAACUAUUUAAAAGAGGGUUACAUGGAGAAGACUGGACCACUGCAGCGAGAGCCAUUCAAGAAAAGAUGGUUUAUUUUGGAUUCCCUGGACAGGAAACUACUCUAUUUUAAAACACAGCUGGAUGCCAUUGAGCUUGGGGUAGUUUUCAUUGGCCCAGAGAAUCACGGAUAUUCAGUGAGCGAGUGUGUCCCUAAAGGGACGAGAGGCAACAAAUGGAAGUGUGGGGUAAUUGUGGAGACGCCAGAUCGGCAGUUCGUCUUCAUGUGCGAGCAGGAGCGCGAUCGGAGAGAGUGGGUGGAGGCCCUGAAAACUGUCAUCUCCAAACCCAUGAUACCGCAAGAUUACACCACCGAAGCCAAUAUUCGUAGACGGAGGUGAAGACAUAGACUGGAUGGGACAAUAAGCUCAGACUCUGUCACUAAAUCUAUUUCAAAUGAACCCUGACAUUUGAGGUAAAUCAAGGGUUAAAACAUUUGAGUCCCAGACCUGAUUCACUCAAAGGCAACUGUGGAAGAAUGUGAUUUUUUGGGGGCAUUGUUUCUAGCAAACAGUUUUAAAAAAUUCUCACUUGGUGCAUUUUGGGAUGUGAAACCAAUCUGAGAAGACUACAGGAGGUCAGACGAGGAUAGACUGACUGGUUGAGCUCUCUAAGGAGUACAAAAAAUAUGACUACGUCUGAAGUUGGAUAAGAUCUGGGCUCUCGAUACAAGUAGAGAUCCUGAGCAAGACAAGAAUCUUGUCUUAGUGAGAACGGAAUUAGAUUCACCUGUAACUGUGAAUCCACAUGCAGGAGCUCGAGGACCAAAUCGAAACUAAAAAUAAGGAAUUAUGGUUGUACAGAAAUGGAGAGAUGCAAAUGACAUUUCAUGAAAUGUGCGAUGAAAAUGCUAAUCAUAGAACACCGAGGUUUCAUAAACUGACAUUUGGCCAGUUUUCUUUUCUUCUGAAUAAUAAUCAUAAUAGACGACUGAACAAAGCUGACUUAUUUUGAUGUUCACAAUUCUUCAAAUUAGUUUAUAUUAAAAUCUAUUUUCAAACCACAUAAUCCAUUAAUAGUUUGUGAUACCCAUAUCUUCUGUUGUUCUUUUUGUUGCUAGCAUGGUGCACGUCAUUUUCUUCACUGACUGAUAACUUUAGCAUUAUGUUCAUAUUGCUAUAUUAUUUUAUUAGACAAUAAUAAAGUUUUGCAGGCUGGGAGACCAUCUUAAAGGGGUCAUAUGAUGUUGCUAAAAAUAACAUUAUUUUGUGUAUUUGGAGUAAUGCAAUGUGUUAAUGCAGUUCAAGGUUAAAAAAAACAUUAUUUUCCACAUACUGUACAUUA